AUGGAGCACGACUGUGUUGAAUACCUGCAAAGUCUGAAUCGACUGAAACUCGUCUCAGCCUCAGGCGGUGGCACUUUGGCCGGAGCUGAAACACAGAGAAGUCUCUCUCUCUUAAUUGAUCCUAAUAGACAGGUUGGUGCAUGCUUCGUGAGUCAAAGUGGUAUAAUACUUGACAUUUACUACAACGGUUUCCCUCGUGGUUAUUCAGAUGACACACUUCCUUGGUCAAAGGUAUCCAAGAUUGGGAAUCCCUUGGAGACUAAGUAUCCUUAUGUUUGUCAUGCGGAAGUCAAUGCCAUCCUAAACACUAAACAUGCAUCUACUGCGGGACAGAGGCUCUACGUCACAAUGUUCCCAUGCAAUGAAUGUGCCAAGAUUAUCAUUCAAUCAGGGGUCUCCGAAGUUAUAUAUUUUGUGGAGAAGAGGUUGAAAAAUUCAAACACUGCCUAUGUUACUUCUCAUAAACUUCUAACAUUGGCAAGCGUUAAGGUUAGGAAACGUCAACCAUGGAUGGACAAGAUAUUGAUAAAUUUUGAGGAGCCUAGUAAUUCUCCCAUGACACAAUCAUGAGAAGUUGCAAGGUAUGAUUACUCUUGGUUGUUGAUCUAUAAAACUAGUUGGUCACUGUAAUAAGAACAAGUCAAUGCUAGCGCUUCGAAUGUGUCUAAGGAUCCUUAAACUUAGCAUCUCUCUCUCAACACUUGUAUUAGUAUGAACUGAGAUUAGUUCUGGGGUGGUGUUUUUGACCUGGCAUUUUGCAAAGGCAAAGUGUUGAGGUCAUCAGUGCUAAAAAUUGGAUCAUACAAGAAAGAGUGUACGGCUGGCUGGUACUAUGCAAUAUUUGAAUUCAACCACCAAGGUGGGGUUGAAAACAAUUUAUAUGCCUUUCAAGGAAUUAGCCUAUCCACUGAACAAAAUCAGUGGCCCAAGAAAUGAGCAAA